GCCGGAAAAAAUGCCGACGGCGUGGGCGCACACCUCUAGCUGAGAGUGCUCAGAGUUAAGAAGUGAAAAUGGCGGCGUUUUGUGUUGUUGUGCUGACUGCGACCGUGUUGUUGUUGUAACCACGGUAGUUGUAACCGGUUGUAACGUUUCAUUCCUUUGAAAGAGGUCUCCUCGCCGGCGUGGUAUCCGAGAUGGCCAGCACAAGCGGAUCGAAACCUCAGAAAAUACCCAAGGUGGCAAAGGUGAAGAAUAAAACACCGGCUGAGAUCCAGAUCACAGCAGAACAGCUCCUUCGUGAAGCUAAGGAGAGAGACCUUGAAAUCCUUCCACCGCCUCCCAAGCAAAAGAUCUCAGACCCGGAGGAACUCGCCGAGUAUCAGCUGAGGAAACGAAAGGCCUUUGAAGACAACAUCCGGAAAAACCGUUCCCUCAUCAGCAACUGGAUCAAGUACGCACAAUGGGAAGAAAGCCAGAAAGAAAUUCAGAGAGCUCGUUCCGUUUACGAACGUGGUCUUGAUGUGGAUCAUCGCAACGUCACACUGUGGCUGAAAUAUGCAGAAAUGGAGAUGAAGAACCGGCAGGUAAACCACGCGCGCAACGUAUGGGACCGAGCCGUCUCUCUCCUACCUCGAGUCAAUCAGCUCUGGUACAAGUACACGUACAUGGAAGAAAUGUUGGAAAACAUCGCGGGUGCCCGACAAGUCUUCGAGAGGUGGAUGGAGUGGGAACCUCACGAACAAGCAUGGCAUACAUACAUCAACUUUGAGCUGCGCUACAAGGAGAUCCAACGGGCACGGCUCAUCUAUGAGCGUUUCGUGGUGGUUCAUCCUGAGGUCAAGAACUGGAUCAAAUAUGCAAGAUUUGAAGAGCGUAACAGCUAUGUGGCCAACGCCCGCAGUGUCUUUGAACGAGCUGUUGAGUUCUUUGGCAAAGAAUAUAUGGAUGAGAAGCUGUACAUUUCCUUCGCCAAAUUUGAAGAAAAUCAGAGAGAGCACGACCGCGUUCGUGUCAUUUACAAGUACGCCUUGGAACACAUCCCAAAGGAACAUGCUCAGGAACUUUUAAAGCACUACACUAUCCAUGAAAAAAAAUAUGGAGAUAGAACAGGCAUCGAAGAUGUCAUCGUCAGUAAGAGGAAGUUCCAGUACGAAGAGCAAAUCAAAGAGAAUCCACUCAACUAUGAUGCCUGGUUCGACUACCUGCGUCUCAUGGAAAGCGAAGGAAAUGUCACCAGCACACGCGAGACUUACGAGAGGGCUAUCGCAAAUGUACCUCUCUCAAAGGAGAAGCGUUACUGGCGUCGCUACAUCUAUUUGUGGAUCAACUACGCCCUGUAUGAGGAGCUGCAGGUCCAAGACGCAGAACGUACGCAGCAGGUGUACAAGGCUUGUCUACAUCUUCUCCCACACCAAACCUUCACGUUUGCCAAGGUCUGGCUCUUGGCUGCACAUUUCCAUGUGCGACAGAAAGAUCUGGCAGCUGCCCGAAAGCUUCUGGGUACUGCAAUUGGUCUCUGCCCUAAGGACAAGCUUUUUCGAGGUUACAUAGACCUGGAGAUCCAGCUGAGAGAGUUUGACCGUUGUCGCAUCCUGUACCAGAAGUUUCUAGAGUUUGCUCCUGAGAACUGUACCACGUGGAUGAAGUUUGCAGAAUUGGAGACAAUAUUGGGCGAUGUUGCACGUGCACGAUCUAUCUACGAGAUUGCCAUCGAUCAACCACGGCUGGACAUGCCAGAGGUGUUGUGGAAAGGCUACAUAGACUUUGAAGUGGAGCUGGAGGAGCAUGCAAAGGCUGCACAACUCUAUGAGCGCUUACUGCAGAGGACACAGCAUGUCAAGGUGUGGAUUAGCUACGCACAAUUUCAACUGAAUAAUACUAGCGAGGACCAGGCCGUGUCCAGAGCAAGAGCAGUCUAUGAGAGAGCUAACAAACAACUACGCUCAACAGAAGAGAAAGAAGAGAGACUCAUGUUGCUCGAAUCCUGGGAGAGCUUUGAGGAGAUGCAUGGCAACAGGGAGAGCAGAGAAGCAGUCUCCCAACAGAUGCCUAAGAAGGUGAAAAAGAGGAGAAAGAUUGUAACAGAGGAUGGGACGGAGGCUGGGUGGGAAGAGUAUUUUGACUACAUCUUCCCGACGGACGAGGCAGCGAAGCCCCACCUCAAGCUUCUGGAAAUUGCAAAGAAGUGGAAGAAAACUCAGAGAGAAUGACGCCAUUUUAUUCCUCGUGUACAUAGUUGUAAAUUUGUCAAUCAACAUCUUCUGUUCGUACUGGAUGCAAGAGUGGAAUCACAGAUUUCCUUUCUACGUCUCUUGGCAAGGCUUUGCGCAUGUCUGAAACACAUCAACAACUUAUUCAGGGUGCAGCAAAAAAUAGUACAUCCCUCGUUCAUUUGAGCUUUCCACAGAAUGUAUAAUACAAAACAACUCGGCUUGUUCAUGUUGCAUCUAAGCAACAAAGCUGCGUGGAGGCAGCGUUGUUUUCUACGGCAGUGUACGCUAAAUCUGUUGUUGGUAAAUGACCACUGCACAGUGUUGUACUCGUGACUUGAGUAAAAAGUAUCGAUAUACUUUUAGAAGUAA